AGCACGCACAGAGGCAACACAGGCCACGCCCCCAGCGCCAUGACUUUAAAUAGCAGCCUUCACCUCCCACAGCACCACCACUGCGGAAAAACUGCAGCAUCCGCUCAACGAGAAGCAUUCCAGCCCUUCAACUCACACCAAAACGAUGGCCACCAAAGAAAAACUGAUCAGCCAUGUGCUGAAGGAUAAGUCCGUGGGCAGCAGGAACAAGGUGACGGUGGUCGGUGUCGGCAUGGUGGGCAUGGCCACCGCCAUGAGCGUACUGCUCAAGGAUUUGUGUGACGAGCUGGCACUGGUGGACGUUAUGGAGGACAAGCUGAAGGGUGAAGUCAUGGACUUGCAGCAUGGCUCCUUCUUCCUUAAAACACACAAGAUUGUGGGAGACAAAGACUACAGCGUGACAGCCAACUCCCGGGUGGUGGUGGUGACUGCUGGCGCUCGUCAGCAGGAAGGAGAGAGUCGUCUUAAUCUGGUGCAGCGCAAUGUCAACAUCUUCAAAUUUAUCAUCCCAAACAUUGUCAAGUACAGCCCCAACUGCAUCUUGAUGAUUGUCUCUAACCCAGUGGACAUCUUGACCUAUGUGGCCUGGAAGCUGAGCGGCUUUCCACGCCACCGAAUUAUUGGCUCAGGCACCAACCUUGACACAGCCCGUUUCCGCCACCUAAUGGGAGAGAGGCUCCACCUUCACCCUUCCAGCUGCCACGGUUGGAUCAUUGGAGAGCACGGAGACUCCAGUGUGGCCGUGUGGAGCGGCGUGAAUGUGGCUGGCGUUAGUCUUCAAGGCAUCAACCCUAGCAUUGGGGUUGAUGGAGAUGGUGACGACUGGAAGAGCGUGCAUAAGCAAGUCGUUGAUGGGGCUUAUGAGGUGAUCAAGCUGAAGGGUUACACUUCAUGGGCCAUUGGGAUGUCUGUGGCUGAUCUGGUGGCAAGCAUCACCAAGAACAUGCACAAGGUGCACCCCGUGUCAACACUUGUCCAGGGCAUGUACGGCGUGAAGGAAGAGGUCUUCCUGAGCGUGCCUUCCGUCCUCGGCAACACCGGCCUUACAGACGUCAUCAACAUGAACCUGAAGCCUGAGGAGAAGAAGCAGUUGGAAAAGAGCGCCGAGACACUGUGGGCCGUUCAGAAGGAGCUUGUUCUGUAAAGCACCGAUGGAGCGCCUUGUUGCUACACUCCCACCUGAAGCUGCAUCCCACCAGAAGACACUGCAAUGCAUUAUUCAUCCUGCCGUCUAUUCCCCCGUUCACACUUGUAGUGUCAUUAGUUCAACACGUGCAAAGUUACUGUCAGUUUUGUGACUGCAUAGACAAAAAUAUUUAGCCUUGAAAGUCAACCUGCUAUGGAGAUAUUGAGCGUCUAUGUUCUGUGUGCACUGGUAUGCUUCUUCCAUACACUCCUUGUGUGCGUUGUGUGUACCAUGUCUACUGUGUGAGUACUGUAUCCUUUUGGUCAUCUUAUUGUUUUUUUGGUUUUUUUUAAGAGAUGGAGACAUUCCAUUCUAUGUGGGAGGGAUUUCCUGUCCGGCUGAGGUUGUUAUAACCUCCCUGUAGUUACUAUGGCCUUUUCAAAUACAUAUGACCAUAAGUGCACCGACAGAGGAAAGCAAGAGAUUAUGAGAUUACACAUGAGAUCAUUCAAAUUAUAUUUUUAAAAACAUUAUUUUAGAUGUGCUGUUUAUAACCUCCUAAAGACAAUUGUAUUUUUUUUCUCUCCAUGCAGCGCUAAAAUAUAAUAAAAAAAUGUAACGGUAAUACUUUAUUACAGAAGAUACAUAUUUAUUAUUACUCAGUAUUAUUUAUCAGUAAGUUGACUGUCUGAAACACUGUACUUGGACAUGUUUUAUGUACUGUAGCACUCAAUAAAGCCAGGAUACCUAAA